AUGUCUUCCGGAAAGAAACAAAGCGACAUUGGAUUACGCAUUGAGCCCAUCAACCAACCGGAAGAUAUAAUCCAGGCCUUUGACUGUGUCUGUGAAGCAUUCGGUCGUCAGGCACAAGAUGGAGUCUGGAUAGCCAUGACACCAGGGUGGGAAACACCCGAAGGUAGAAGGCUCGGAGCCGCUCGGAUGGUAGCUCGUUGGCGCGACAUAACAAAAGACAAGAGAGGCAACCCGACCACUAUCUUCCUCAAAGCCACACUGCCAUCCUUGGAACAGGAAAGCAAGCGCAUUAUUGCUGGUUUCGCUAUAUGGAUGCAGGGUUCCAAUGUACCGGGCUGCGGUGUUCCGGCGGUGAGAGAGGAGGAUAUCCGCGAUGCUAUGAAUCUCGAGGAGCUCUACCCCGGAAACGAAGUCGAGCAACGCUACCUCGGUCAGAUUUUUGCCUCUUUCCUCAGAAAACGCGGAAUUGUCAUCGAAGAGAAAGCCACGGCGGAUCCGCCAGCGGUUAUGAUCCUCGAUAUGUGCGCCGUCGAUCCGAUGCACCAGCGAAAAGGCAUUGCGAGGGCAUUAGUACAGUGGGGUCUGGAUGAGGCCCGGCGACGGGGAGAUCUUGAAGCUAUCACUGAAGCAUCAGCUAUGGGGCGCUUUGUGUAUGGGCAGAUGGGCUUCAAACCUCAGGGCUCCGAUAUUGAGUAUCUUGUUGACGAAGAGUUUGCAUCCCGCAGCAGACCGUCGAAUGUUUUUAUGCGCACUGGUGACAAACUUUCAUAA